CACACACAGUAACACUAAGUUUCGAUAUGGCAUCGGUUUCAUUCAAGCGUAACGUUUUUGUUGUAACCGUGGUGAUCCUCGUACUAGCGUCGACAACCUCGGCGGAAGAAUGCGAGUCGAAAUACGGUGGAAAGUGCCACGACAAGGCGAAGGCGCUGAAGCUAAAACUGGUGGCGAUAUCGAGCAUAUUGGUGACGAGCAUGGUUGGGGUUUGUCUCCCCGUGUUCUCCCGUGCGGUUCCUGCGCUGCAACCGGACCGAGACCUCUUCGUCCUCGUUAAGGCCUUUGCCUCCGGUGUCAUACUUGCCACCGGUUACAUGCACGUCAUGCCCGAUUCCUUCCAAGAUCUUACCUCCCAGUGCUUGCCCCAACGCCCCUGGCAGAACUUUCCCUUCACCACUUUCAUCGCCAUGCUCUCUGCGGUUCUCACUCUCAUGAUCGACUCCUUCUCCAUUAGUUACUUCAAGAAGAACCUACCUCUUGCGCCUUCCCUCCACGCCGCCGAGACAAAGGAAGCCCACAUGUUCGCCCAUGCCCAUGCCCAUGCCCAUGCCCAUGCCCAUGCCCAUGGAUUUGGACACCAUGAUGAUGGUGCCGCCGUCAAUGCGGAACAGUUGCUGCGCUACCGUGUGGUGGCUCAGGUGUUGGAGCUAGGGAUUGUGGUGCACUCUGUGGUCAUUGGUUUGUCAAUGGGAGCUUCGGAUAACCCAUGCACCAUUCGGCCUCUCAUUGCUGCGCUUUGCUUCCAUCAAAUGUUUGAGGGGAUGGGCUUAGGUGGUUGCAUACUUCAGGCUGAGUAUGGAAUGAAGGUGAAGGCCAUUAUGAUAUUCUUCUUCUCGGUGACGACGCCGUUUGGGAUCGCGUUGGGGAUUGGAGUGUCGAAAGUGUACAGUGACACGAGUCCAACGGCGCUUAUUGUGGAAGGGGUUCUGAAUGCAGUGUCUGCGGGGCUUCUGAACUACAUGGCGCUUGUUGAGUUAUUGGCUUCUGAUUUUAUGGGACCAAAGUUGCAGAGCAGAAUGAAGCUCCAGGUUUUUGCCUACAUCGCAGUUUUGCUAGGCGCAGGGGGCAUGUCGGUGAUGGCAAUAUGGGCAUAGAUGUAGAAACCCUAGUUCAUCUUCUCCGAGGAAACAAAAGAAAAAAUGGACACGUGGGUGUGUAAAUGGUUUGGGGAUGGUGUUUCAGUUAUCUGGGUGUGUAAAUAACUAAGUAUCAACGAUCUUUGUAGGGUAGGAUCUCAAUGCUAAGCUAAUGGUUGAAACUCAUUUUUGUAUCCGGCUUUCACAUUUAUCUUGAUGAGAAUUUGCAAGAAAAAAAAUUGUGAUUGCAUUGGAUGAAAAAUGGGUAGCGAGUUUAUAUCUGAAGGGUGUUUUUAUGGUAUGUUUUCAGACAUUAAUUACAUGGUGCCUA